AUUUGAUGUUCCUAAUGUUUCAAUAACAUUCAUUUACCAUCAAACGGUUUGGUCAAAGGAAGGACAAAAGUAGAUAUUUAGUGCCUAUCUGCGUAAAAAAGCAAACAUACCGAAAGAAAUAAUGCAACUUGUGGACAACGAUUUGUGUUUUGCUUCCGAUGAUUAGCUAUUAGUGUGUUGUUAUGUUGUGGUAGAUCGAUUGCUGAUUCGUACAACUACUUGCAUUGAUUAAUUGAACACAAAAAUUGAUUCCAUCCUUGAACGAUUCAUAAAGUAUGUGAAGCAAUCGACUCGUGUUUAGACAAAGACUGUGUCGUGAAUUUGAACUGAAGUUUAAACUACAAAACUCGAUUAAAGUGGAUUAGUGGUAGUUUUAUAAAAACAUCAUGACGAAUAUGAGGCCACCGAGCAAAAAUAUACUGUUGAAAGUAGUAAUAUUAGGUGAUGGCGGAGUUGGCAAAAGCUGUCUCAUGAAUCGUUUUGUAUCCAACUUUUUCGAUGCCAAUAGUUUCCACACCAUCGGUGUUGAAUUCUUAAACAAAGAUAUUCAGGUUGGAAGCGACAGAUAUACUUUACAGAUCUGGGACACCGCCGGGCAGGAGCGUUUUAAAGCACUGCGAACACCGUUCUAUCGGGGUUCAGAUAUUUGUCUCCUGGCAUACGCCGUAGAUGACAAGACCAGUUUCCGAGCACUAAUUCAAUGGCGCGAAGAAUUUUUAAAGUACUAUGAUGUAAAAGCUGAUCGUUUUCCGUUCAUUGUGGUGGGAACGAAAAAUGAUAUUGCUCCGGCUCAGCGGCAGGUUACCGCCGAGGAAGUUUCGGAAUGGUGCCAGGAGCAUCAUGUGGCAGCAUUUAUCGAAACGUCGGCCAAAACAUCGGAAAAUGUGUAUGAAGCAUUUGCUCUGGCAGUCAAACAAUGGCAAAAAUUAGAAAAAUGUACCGAACGAGAACUGCGCGCUCAAGGUCACGAUACGAUAGAUUUGACGAAAGGUGUUAAUCUCAGCGCAAACACACAUCGAUUUUGCUGUAUCGGGAGUAACAAUACUGGACAGGCAGUAUCCGAUGAUGACGAUUAUCCCCACUAAUGAUGUGCUGAUGUGGCUACUAUUUUCUGAAGCGAAAGACAAAACGGGAAACAUAAGGGUAUGGUUGUUGAUGGAGAAUCGAUGACAUGUGAUAAGUAGAAAAUACCCAAACCAGAAGGUAGGCUAAAACGAAGCGAGUAAAGUAGGAUAUAUACUCCAAUAUUUUUAUAUCAAAAUAACUUUACAUCAUUGUCCGGAGGCAGACAAGCGAUUCUCAAAUUUUAAUCACAAUACAACUCACUAUACUUGAUAGGUUCAACAGUAAAGGGUGGUUUCGCGAAUUCAUACACAAAUAUCUCAUUUUGUUUAGACGGGCCAUAUAGAAUUAACAAGUGUGCAGCAUUCAAAAAUGAUUUAUUAGUUACACUCAGAUUCAGCUGAACGACACAGUACAAUAUUUUUAUUCAUUUCCAGUUUUUUGUUGCUGCAGACUUAUACAAGAGACAGUAAAUAAUAUGAAAAGUGCUAACUCGCUGCUUAGGGUCGUGUUUCACUUGCAUGGUAAAUAAAUAGCUAGAGCUCCUCAAGUCGAAGUACUUUGCUGUCCCAGCAAGAAUAAACAUGUCUUGUUGUUUAUGCGAUGGAGUUCGUAUUGCUUUUCUUUGGGCGCUCGUCUUAAUGUAGGAUAAAGCCAAAUGAAAACUUUAUUUAUUUACACAAGCAAAGAUUGGAAUUGAAAACUAGGUUAUGAUAAGGUUUUUUUAUUGUUACCCAUAUAUACUCCUGCAUUGUUUUCCGUUGCACGUUUUUUCGCAAAAGCUAACGUUUUUGUUUAAAGCAAAGAAUGCAGAAGAGAAAUAUUUAUUUUACUGUAUUUCACGCUACCACUAUUUGAAUAAAUUCUUCCAAUCACUAGCACCUUACAAAAGAAUAAUAGAACUCUUUCUUAGCUUAAGAAAAAAACAAUUGUAACUUCUAACAACGCAGUACUGUAGAUGAAUAAAAUUAAAAGCAAUCGGCAAAUAAUAAAGGCCGAUUUCAAAUUGUUGGCGUUCGUGUAA